UAAUGUGAUAUUACUGUAUACAUUUAGCACAGUGUAUUCAGUGUUCAGUUUUUCAGUUGAUCACUAGUUUUUUUUAAAGUAUUCUGCACAAUCUUGCCUAAUUUAAAGCUUCCUGUGUUGUGGACAAUGCCAGCCUGUCCUAUGAAUGACAAAACGGUUGAUGCUGAUUAUGGUUAUGAUAUAUUACCAUGGCAUUUGUGGAACUACAUCAGUUAUGGUUUAGGCAGGUUUAGUUUCUGUUUGUGUAGCUCUCACUAUCUCUGUUAUAACAUGUUCUCCCCUUGUGCAAUAGGAUGUCAGCAACAGAAUCAGAAUGAUUCAAAGUUAGGAGCUCUUUUGAAAGUGCUUACCUGCAGGUGUUACCAAAUUUUCUACAAGAAAUAAUCAAACAGCCUGAUGCCUGAACUCAUUCUUAUGUGUCCUGUGGGCCUUAAAUUACCAAUGGUUACAGAAAACAAAGCUUGUGAUGGGGAUGGCCCAGAUAAUGUGAUACUGAACCUGUUUGGCCUGUGCAGUGCAGUGGAUUCUUCAGGACACCAGGGUAUUUCUCCAGUUUAUGUGUCAGCGCCAUCUGAAAGCUCAGAUCACCUCAUCACAAGUUCAGCUGGAGAUAGAAUCAUGCAGUAAGUCAGCUAUGAGACCUGAGAGGAACUAGUCAAAUUAAUUAUCUAGAGCACAUCAUCUUGCCAGUCAGGCGUCAUUCUUGAGUUCGGCAUCUGCCUACUUAUUCAAAGUCGAGGCAGCAUGUGUCAAGUCACAGCAUGUGUUACAGCAAACCGUACAUUAUUCAGUGAAACCUGCGGGAAACUCGGCACAAAAUCUUAUUAAGGUUAAAACAACAGCAUUCUUAUUGGAUCCUGUUAAAUAAUUUGAGAAGAACGUUGCGCCAACAAAGGUAUGCUUUUCAAAAGAUGCAGGAAUUUUUGUAAUAUUAAGCCAGUAGUUAAUGGCAUAAGUCAGUAGUUGAGAUGUAAACAAAAUUCUUCAGAAUGGUUUGAUGUGAAAAUUCUCCAUUCUAGAAUAACUUACUGAGUCAGACGUAUUCAUAAUGGUGAUAAUAGGAACCUGAAGUUCAAAGAGUUUAACUCCUCUAAAAGCUACAUCAAAGAAAGUUAUCAUAUAUGAAAUGCUUAUGAAUGCUGUCAGUUACUUGAGACAUUGUUUUAUGAUAUUUUAUCUUAUAUUAUGAGAUUUCAUUUUAGGUUUUGGCCUUAAACUCAUUUUCCCAAUGCAUUCAUGGUUGAGAGGUACGUGCAGGGCACAGAAAGGCAAAAUAGACCCCAAAAGAAAAUGUAUUUUUCAGAUUUAUCACUAUUUUACUAUUACCAACAGUACAUAUAAAAUAAAGACGGUGUGCUCAUUUUCGAUAAAUUAAUGCCUGUAUUUGCAUUUUAGGCAUUGCAGCCCCUGCUUACCAUCACCACCACUAUAAAAUGAUCUGAGUCAGUAACAACCACUAGAAAGACCCAUUUCACAUCAAACCACUCUGAAUUACUUUUUCCAUUUCAACCACUGAAUUAUGUAGAAGUGUUUAAAAAGCUGUGGAGUUUCCCUUUAAAGAGCCUGAAAUAUUAAGCUUUCUAUUAUGUGUGUUUAUAAUUAACAAUAUGACAAUCAAAAUUGUUCUUGACCUUCUUUCAGCACGCACCAUGUGCACAUCCUCCUAGAUCAGGCCUCACCAAAUCCCACUGUUUGUGCAUGUUAUGCUGCACCACACCCUUUGAUUAAACACUGGAAAAGAGUGUCAGUGACAGAGAAGAGGAAAAGUGUGCAGACGUGCAGUUCUCCUCUUACUCCUCUAUCUUGUGGACUCUUAAUCAUCAGGUUUCAUUGACAUGGACAUUUGGAUUGGAUGAUGGGAACUCACUGAGGACCAUCCACCAGAAGAUUUCUAUUGAGGCCAAAUAGAAGUGCACAGGCCCUCAGAAUGUUCCAGAGGAAGAAGAAGAAGAGGAAGAUAGAGAUCUCUGCACCUAAGAACUUUGAGCACCGGGUGCACACGUCUUUUGAUGCUGUACGGGGCUGCUAUGUAGGACUACCACCUCAGUGGCAGAGUGUCAUAGAAACCCUGAGGAGACCCAAGCCUGUGGUAGAUCCCUCCAGCAUCACACCUGUGCGUCUCAAGCAAGAGAAGACCAUUGUGCGUGGCAGUUUUAUUGGACAUGGAGACUACAUUGCUGCAGCGAUUGCGGAGAUGACCCGCCUCUCUGUCACCAGCUCCAAUUCGCUCAGGAGGACCAGCCCUUCGCUAAGGAAACGAGCCCAGUCCAUGGGCCGCCUCGGUGAGGUGGCCGAAGGGGACACAUAUCAGUAUCAGGAACUGUGCAAGAACAGACAGACAAAUGGACAGCCUGCCCUGGACUGGCACGAAAGAGCACGGCAGGUAUACAGUGAGAGUGGAAGUCCACGGCCUGGCUCCAAAAAGAGCGCCACAUUUCAGCCUAAUGGGUUGCCACCCAGAGCCAAGUCUAUUAUCGAAGUCAGCACGACGUCCAGUGAGCAGCCUCGGCUCAUGCCAAGGGACAUCUUAUGUUCACCUGGAGCGGAUCAAACAGAGAUGUUUUCACACAGUGAGAGACUAAGGCUUCACCAGCCCGCUGUGACUCAUAGAGACAGUAAGACCAACCCCAGACCUGUGUCCUGCAUCUACAAUACCCCUACAUUAAACCAAGGGUCAAAGGUCAGCAAUCCAAGUGAAAGGAUGACUCCAAGCCCAGAACUUCCUGUGGUCUCUGUGGACACCCCUAGGAGGCCUUACUCCACAUAUGACUUGAAGACAAACUCCUGUGGUUUCUCAGCCAUGUCAAAACCUAAUGGCACCAGCAGCCCAAAAGCAGGGCAUGGCACACACUCCCACCCACCCCUACAGUCUUCCUCUAGCUAUACGAUAGGUUUUUCUCCUAUUAAAGCUUCAGUGCCACCUAUACAGAACAGUCCCUCCCAGCCUCGCCCCUCCCCUACUGGCUCUCCUGCCACCAACCUGCCAGGAGCCUCCUCUCCCUGCCUGAGGACUUCUCAACCAGCCACCAUCAACUGUGAGCAACCUAAGAUCACCCACGCACAGUUUAAGGCUGCUCUGCAAAUGGUGGUGGACAAGGGGGACCCCCGCACAUAUCUGGAGAACUUUGUGAAGAUUGGAGAGGGCUCGACGGGUGUCGUCUGUAUUGCACGAGAAAAGCACAGUGGGAAACAGGUUGCAGUGAAGAUGAUGGAUCUAAGGAAACAACAAAGAAGAGAGCUGCUGUUUAAUGAAGUGGUCAUCAUGCGGGACUACAGGCACAAGAAUGUGGUGGAGAUGUAUAAGAGUGCUCUAGUGGAGGAGGAGCUCUGGGUCAUAAUGGAGUACCUGCAGGGUGGUGCAUUAACCAACAUAGUAUCUGAAACCAGGCUGACAGAGGAGCAGAUAGCUACAGUCUGUGAAGCUGUGUUACAGGCUCUGGCCUAUCUCCAUGCACAGGGUGUCAUCCACAGAGAUAUCAAGAGUGACUCCAUACUACUGACAUUGGAUGGAAGAAUCAAGUUGUCAGACUUUGGAUUCUGUGCUCAGAUCAGCAAAGACAUCCCAAAGAGGAAGUCUUUGGUUGGAACUCCAUACUGGAUGGCCCCAGAGGUCAUUUCCAAAACCCCCUAUGGAACAGAGGUGGAUGUGUGGUCUCUGGGAAUUAUGGUGGUGGAGAUGGUGGAUGGGGAGCCUCCUUAUUUCAGUGACACACCAGUAGCUGCUAUGAAGAGGUUAAGAGAUGAACCAGCACCUUCUGUCAGGAACUCGAGCAAGAUCUCACCAGUGCUGAGGGACUUCUUGGAUUCCAUGUUGACUAGGGACCCUCUGCAGAGAGCAAGUGCCAGUGACCUGCUUAAGCACCCUUUCUUGCUGCAGAGUGGCUCCCCGCGCUGCCUGGUGCCGCUGGUGGAGCAGUACCGGAAGCGCAUGUCUUUCUGUUGAGCAGUUUGAGCUCAAAUAAGGGAGAUUUAUUUGGAACACUAUAAACUGGCUUCCCUGCUGCACAUGCCUUGUGUGACAUACUGUAUUCACACUGGAUUGUGAAGUGUUGUGCUUCUGCUUGCAAGUGACCUCCACCUCCAACUUCACCAUACUUUUUGGCUCUUUAUGUGUGUCAGUGGUUCCCAGUAAUGGUCCUGGAAUACCACCGAUGUAUGCAAGUUUUUCACCUUUUUUGAUGUUGCCUACAUAUUUCACUGGAAUCACUGCCUGUUUUUUUCAACAGUAUAUUAAAAUUAAAUUCCAGAUUUUGGAAUUUAGUUUUGUAAGUAUGAAUAAAAAAAUAAGCAAAUAAAUAUCUCACUGAAGACAUGCUGUCAUUGUACAGGGUUUUUUUUUAAUAAAAUAAAUAAAAAUUGAAGCUUAAUAUCUCA